AUGGUUACCGUAAACAAGUUUUCUUCUUCUGACAAAUUGGCCCACGAACUGGGCGAAUACAUCAUUUCCAAACAAGAAAUUGCCUUAGAACAUUCAAUGUUCUUCCAGAUUGCCAUUAGUGGUGGAUCAUUGACGAAAGUUUUGCAAAAAUGUUUAAUUGAUGAUCCAGAACUAGCACCAAAGGUCAAGUGGACCCAAUGGAAGGUGUUUUUCGUUGAUGAGAGAUGCGUUCCCUUAGACGAUCCUGAUUCCAAUUAUGGCGCUUUCAAGUCAUUGGUGCUAGACAGAUUAACAAAUAACGGCACAAGGCCUUCAGUUCACCCAAUUAAUGUCAAGCUGUUGGGUCAAAAUGAAGCCAUUGCCAAAGAAUAUGGAGAAUUAAUGCCAAAGGAGUUCCAUCUAUUAUUACUGGGUUGUGGUCCAGAUGGUCAUACAUGUUCUUUGUUUCCAGGUGAAAAGCACAGAUAUCUAAUCAAUGAAACAGAAAGAAGAGUUAUGUGGUGUCAUGAUUCACCAAAACCACCUAGCGACAGAGUUACUGUCACUUUGCCCGUCUUAGCUGACGCUGAUUUCAUUACUUUUGUUGCAGAAGGUGCAUCAAAACAGGAUAUCAUGCAAGAAAUAUUUGAUACUAAGAACAUAAAAUUACCUUGUGCACUUAUCAAUAAUAAAUUCGACAAGAAAGUAACUUGGUUUGUAAACGAUGAAGCUUUCACAAAAGUCAAAUCAACUUUUUAA